UUCCUUCAGAAAAUACAAUGGGGUACAUCCAAUGGUGAGCACAAUGUCCAGGUCAGCGUGAAGCUCAGAACCACACCUGCAGAUACUGUACCUGGGAGUAGAGCAGCAGGGCCCCUCUGCGCGUGCUGAACGUCUUUGGGACGGUGGGCUUCGCCAACAGGCGCCCCCUGCUGGGCAGAAGCAGCGCCUCCUUGGACUUCCACAGGUCAUAAUCCUUAAUACACAAAGAGCCGACAGGCAGCUGAUACAUGCAUCAUUACGAAGUGUGAACUACAAGGCGUGUGUUUUUCUACCUGGGGGGUUAAGCAGACGUCCAGCCGUCCAUCGCGACCCCCGGAGCCUCCGCUGGGUGCCACCAAUCGACCGCAGCCCCGACUCAGUAACGAAAGAGGCAAAUCUGUCAUGGUGUCAUUUUAUUCUGCAGAUGGACAGAAUGAAAGAGCCUGGAUGUUUGUCAGGUUCUACCAGCUUUUUAUGCCAAAACUAAGAACAAAAGUCAAACCCUGAACUCACCUGCUGUGGCCUCACACACCCUCCAACACACCAACAGUCCCUGUUGCCAGGGGGUCGGAGCCGGGACGCGGUGUUCCUGUUGCCGUGGCUGCACGGACUCGGAUUAAGUGACACAUGCACACACCCACCCACACAAAGAAACGAAAAGGAGACUUCUAAUGAGUCUAUUUAUGUCAAGUGAGUCACCAGGUUGGAGUUUAACAGUGGGGUCAGCUUUUCCCUGACUCGUCCUGAUCCUGAGUCAGAUGUCAGCUGAUUCUCUCCCCAGCUGCUCCUUCUCGGGCUCAUGGUGGGACGGACGCAGGUAUAAAGGUUGAGCGGUUGCUGAGUGCUGGAGGGGAGGGUGAACGCUGAACGCAGCCCCAUGCAUUCGUACGCGGCACCACAGGGGGCAUGGACAACUCCACGGACCCCGAGGCGCUGGUGUUUGCCAUGUAUGCGGACACAGGCCACCUGAAGUACGUGUACUUCGCCCUGGCUCUGCUGUUUUACUUAGCGGUCAUUUUCGCCAACGCUGUUCUCAUUGCGGCCGUGUGUGUGGACAGGAGCCUGAAGCAGCCCAUGUAUCUGUUCCUGUGCAACCUGUUUGUGAACGAGAUCUACGGCAGCACGUCGCUGCUGCCCUGCUUGAUGUCACAGAUCUUAUCGGACACGCACGAAAUCUCUGUCUUUUUCUGCUUCGCUCAAAUAUUUAACAUUCAUACGUAUGUUGCCGUUGAAUAUGGAACCUUGACAAUAUUGGCUUAUGACAGAUAUGUGUGCAUUUGCAAGCCUCUCCAUUACAACACACUCAUCAGCCGAGGCAAAGCCCAGGUGGUCGUCCUGGUGAUCUGGGUGGCGUCGUUCCUGGAGGUCGGCGUCCUGCUGUCCUUCAGCGUGCGCCUGCGGCGCUGUGGGACGCUCAUCAACAGCGUCUACUGCGCUCACCACCUGGUGGUGGAGCUCUCGUGCUCCCCGGACAGAACGGUGUCGCUGGUCCACGACCUGGUGUUCGGCCUGGUGUUCAGCGUGGCUGCUCCCGUCACCUACAUCGCCUACAGCUACGCGAGGAUCCUGUCUGUGUGUCUGAAGGCGUCCGCAGAAACCAGAGUCAAAGCGUUCGACACCUGCGCGCCUCAUUUAGUGUCACUCAUCAGCUUCGUCUUCGCCUGUUUUUACAGCCUGAUUGCUCAGAGGUUUAACAUGUCGCUGGUUCCGUAUCUUGGCGUUGUGUUGUCCAUGUACGCUAUCGUUAUCCAGCCUCUUCAGAACCCUCUGAUCUACGGCCUUAAGAUGUCCAAGGUGCGACGUGCCUGUAAGAAUCUGUGGACAAUAAAAACGUCACAUCUCUACGUUUCCGGCGUUGUGUUUCUGUGACACUGUGCAGGUUUUACACCGAUGCUGUUUGUUUACCAUGAAAAAUACUCUUAUCCAACCAGAACUAGGAUCUGAAGUCAUCCUGUGACCACUUGACAUGAGAAAUAUCUCACUGUAAAGUAUUUGGACAAUAUUCAUAAGUUUUGACGGUUAAGUAUUUAAUGAUGUUUAUUCUUUCAUCACAAAUUACAAAUCAUGUGUAGAAGCCAACUUCUCUAAACUACAAACUGACCUGUUUCCAAUAGAAAACGGCAGUAACCUUGUGAGUUGUGCUUAAUGUCUGUGUCUAAGCCAACGUUAACACUCACUCACUCACAGUUUAUCUCUGAACAAGCAGUGAAAACCAGGAGCCACUUUGAGCUUAACUCGUUCCAGCAGGUCUGUCUCUCCCAUUAUUUCUCACCUCACAUUAAAUAUAAAGUCAUUUAACAUGAAUAAAAAAAUUAAUGUUUUGUUAAAAGUUAAAGGUGUAUUAGGGAAUAAAACUAUAAUUACAGUUUUCCUCCACACAUUUAUUAAGCGGUCUGUUUGACUGUGUGUGGAAUGACUGGUCACCACCAGUCAUCACCACCAGAGGCCACUCAGAGGCUUUGGGUAAAGAGGUCAGGCCUACGGUUCUGGUUCUAGGGAUCCAUCGAAGAACUGACCAACACCGUCUCAGUCAUUAGAGAAUUAGCAUCUGUGCAAGAGCCCAAACCCUCGAAGACCAAAGGAUGACCCGCCCCAAAGCAUCAAACUAUGUACUUUAAAUAUUCUCUCUGGAAAAGGUAACUUCAUUUCAGGUUUUUUGAACAUAAUGCAGAAAGGUCUACUCGACCUCAAAUAAUAAAUACUUAUUUCUGAAAAUGUGUUACUCCCAUUAAAUGUUUUGUUCAAAGAUCAGCUUUCUUAACAAAAAUUAAAAAACACAAUUUUUUCAUCAGUCACACACUGAUCGUAACGAAGCGACUGACCUAAUUUGGUUUAUUCCAUCCUGUACUGCAAACGAAACAUAACACAGCAGUGACUGUUCUUUUGGGGCUUUGUCAUAUUUUCACUUGACCGAAUGUAA